AGGAUUCUCGGGUCCAGACGGCGCGCCUGGACGAGCACUUCCGGCGCUGCGCCCAGGAAGCGGAAGUGCGACUUCCAGUCUGUCAGAGUCGGUGUGUUACUUGGUGGUCGUGAAAUCUAGGAAAGUUGUUUUCGCUUCACUUUUCCUGGCUCUCGAGCGCUUCCGCCCUGGCGGGUGGGAGUGCAGAGACCGAAGCGCGAGAUGAGCACCAUGUUCGCGGACACGCUGCUUAUCGUUUUUAUCUCCGUGUGCACCGCUCUGCUUGCCGAGGGUAUAACCUGGGUCCUGGUUUACAGGACAGACAAGUACAAGAGACUGAAGGCAGAAGUGGAAAAACAGAGUAAAAAAUUGGAAAAGAAGAAGGAAACAAUAACAGAGUCAGCUGGGCGACAGCAAAAGAAGAAAAUAGAGAGGCAAGAAGAGAAACUGAAGAAUAACAACAGAGAUCUAUCAAUGGUUCGAAUGAAGUCCAUGUUUGCAAUUGGCUUUUGCUUUACUGCCCUAAUGGGAAUGUUUAAUUCUAUAUUUGAUGGUAGAGUGGUGGCAAAACUCCCUUUCACUCCACUUUCCUACAUCCAAGGACUGUCUCAUCGAAAUCUGCUGGGGGAUGACACCACAGACUGUUCCUUCAUCUUCCUGUAUAUUCUCUGUACCAUGUCGAUUAGACAGAACAUCCAGAAGAUUCUUGGCCUUGCCCCUUCACGAGCGGCCACCAAGCAGGCAGGUGGCUUUCUUGGCCCUCCACCUCCUUCUGGGAAGUUCUCUUGAAAUCAGGAAGAGCCCGAUAAUUCCUGUCAUUCUUUUUAGACACUCAAAUCAGACCGGCAACUAUUUUUCAGCGAGAGCCAUAGGCAGCCUUAGCAUUUGGGCCACUUUCUAGUUUUGAGUUCUUUCUAGACUUUUUGGAUAUGAUUCGAAUGAGAAUGGCACCGAGCAAACUUGAUAGUGCUUUUGGUCACAGAUUAAUUUUUUUUUUUUUAAACAGUUGUGUUGAUUAGGUACGCUCAGAUGUGUGUAUAUAAUGAGAAACAAAUUCUUGUUUUGCUUACGCAAGUAUUUUCUGUGGGAUCGACCUUCAAGUGCGUGCUCUGUGCUGUGUCCCAGGGAAGCUGGCUCUCCACGCGCAUAGAGAUCUGGAGGAAGCAUUUAGUUUAUAGAAACUAUUUGUUGUGUGCUUUUUUCCAAGCCAAAUGUAUGACCUGAGAUGAAUAAAGAGGCCAAAAUUUUAGCUAUUUCAUCUACAA